CCUGAAAAUAGAGGCUACCCAGACUUACACAUUGGACCUUUAAGCCUAUUUCACUUAUAUAAAGCCUUUUUACUCUAUAUCUACGCCAUCCACACCAAAUGAAGCUCACAGACUCAGUUUAACAGUGCAGGUCCAGUCAGAGAUCGUCCUGCUCUGUGGUCGAUUGUGUCGGACAUGAGCCCCCUUUUUUUUUUCUGGUAUCAACUACUCGGGCUGGAUUAAAUGAGGAAGCGGACGUCCUCAGAGCAGCGCGGAGCUAACAAAGCUAGCUGCGACUAGCAGCCGUCCACAAACAAACCAACAGCCUCCGGGUCUCUCCGCUGACAACUUGACAGGCUCGCAAACCGUCUAGUUUUGGCAGGAUAAUGCUCAUGCCGGAGGCCAGGCUGCUGUCAUGUUGAGCUGGCCGCUUGACUUUGGAGGCUCUCCCUUCCUCCGGGCUGAUGAUGUCGGCGGGACUCGCUAGUUAACGCCUGAGCUCCUCACAGCGCUGCUGCUGCUGCUGCACAACUUGGCUGUUGUUGGACACUCAGCUCCGGGAAUGAUGAUGCACAGCGUGUCCCAGGACGCCUCGCAGAGUUCAGGGGAAGGAGGUGAGCUGGUACACACGUUAUCUAAAGAGACCUCUCCAGAUGCUUCUGAGUUGGGAAGUCCGCGCAGUACACCGAACUUUGACCUCUUCAACAUGGUCGUGUCCUAUAAGAGGAUGGCUCUGUUUCUAGAACCGGUUGCAGAUGCAGUGGAGCUGACCCGCUUCCUGCUCGGAUGGAAGAUGCCUGUGUGCUCUCUGCUUGUCUGUAUAUUCCUCAAUGUCUUCUUCUGCACUGUUAAUGAAGUGGGUUGGUUCACAGUGGGUGUGCUGGCACUGUGCGCACCUGCUGCCCUUGGUUACCUGCAGGACAGGUGUGGGGGCAGAGCCUCAGAAGAUGAGCUCCAAAAGAGACGUUACCAUGCUGUGCACCGCAGAGACCUGCAGACGGUGCACCUCACCAAACAGGAGGCCAUGUUGGAAGUUAAAGACCUGUUGAAGCACCUUGAUGACAUGCUGUCAUCUGCCUGCCUGUCAGCAGAGGCUAUUUACAAGGUCCUGUACUGGGAUAAUCACACCAAGUCAUCAAGGUUCUAUGGAGGGAUGUUAAUAUUGGUGUGUCUGUUCUACGUUGCGCCUGUGGGGUGGGUUCUCGCUGGGCUCAACAGCGCCAUCUUCCUGUGGAACAGAGACUUCUGCAAAGUUUUGUUGGACCUCAGGAAGCUGUUCCACCUGGGCCAGACCCAGACCUCAGAGGGGAUGUGUGAGGAACAGCAACAGGGCAACUUGUUGGACAGGACCCCCACACCAACUAGCUUGGAGGACCUUUCUCCUGGCAGUGUAGAGGAAGCUGAGGAGGCAGAGCCCGAUGAUGAAUUUAAGGAUGCCAUUGAGGAGCAUUCAAUGUCCCUGCAGGAAACCCCUUUGGUCUUAGUGGAGGAUGACGACGGUCCUCUCGGUGCUCCAGAGUAUGACACCAUCUCUGAAAAUGGACUCUUAAGCCGGAACGAACCAAUACGCAGCAAGGUGUCCAAACUGACAGAGAAACUGCGUAAACGCUAUCCCACCACCGCCACAGGAAACUGUUCUAGCUGCAAUGCCGUCUUCUCAGUGCUGAAGAAAAGGAGGAACUGCAGUAACUGUGGCAACAGCUUCUGCUCCAGAUGCUGUUCUUUCAAGGUGCUGAGAUCAUGCAUGGGGGCGACAGCUCCAGAGGCUCAGAGAGAGACUGUGUUUGUUUGUGCUGCCUGUAAUUCUUCUCUCAUCAAGUUACAAUGAGGUUGCUGUCCAGUCUCGUUUCCCAGUGGCCAGCUGGAGGUCCUUCGCUGUUCGCACCCUGAGCUCUACUCCAAGUUACGGAAAUCCUAACACAUGCCUUGGUUUUCAAGUUAAGGCACUUCCAUCUGUCAAGAUACCUCCUGUGUAGAACUCCAAGAAACCCCCAUACACCACCCAUGUCUUUCCCACUUGCAUUCCUCGUUAGCUACUCAUGUUGCUUAUGGGACUUCUACUGUAAUAUGUUAAAUGUUUCCUGUUUCAACUCUCAAUGAAGAACUGGACCAUAAGAAUCUAUGAGACUUUCUACAGAGCACAAUGGCUGCAAAAUCAAAGAGCCUUUUCCCUUUGUUGAGCAGAGGGAGAUGCAAAGCAUACAGGGUGGUGGCCAGGAUAGGACUGGCGGUGUCGUGGGUGUCGGCACAAAAUUGAUUCCUCUUGAAUGUUGAUAUCGUCAGCCCUGUGUAGCAGUUUAACUGUACUGUAAUGCUGAGAGGGCUUUUCUGUACGAACAAGACUGAGGCCAGCACUGUAUACCAUUGCCGUGUUUUCAUAUUGGUGAUGAAUGCGAUGGUGUGAGCCAAGCCAGGCUGUGUGAAUUUGGUUUGUUCAGAUGAACAAAAUAAUGGAUGUACAACCAAAAGAAGAAGCUCUACGUUUGGCUUUGAUUGCCACAGCGUGCACAGGCUGGUCAGCCAAACUUGCCAGAAUUUUGGCCAGUCCGCCAAUCCACUUUGACCUGCAGUUGGUCAACAAUGUCAUGUGAUUCGGUCUGGCUUUGUCCAAGUCUUUGGGAACAAACAAUAUUCUUGUUUUUACUAGUUGUGGCUGCUGCCACUGCAACCCACAUGUCCAUGUUGGUAUGCACAUUAAUUACCAGACCUCAAGUUGGUAAAUAUACAGGCAUUUGCUCAGAGAGAGCAUUUUGAGAAAACUUUGAUUUUAGGUGGAGUGCUGCCACUGAAAUAGUGUAAAAUUCACCAACUUGAGGUUUGCUUUUUUAAAAUGAUUUUCCCACCAGCUAGAGGAGCUUACAAGACUUAAAGGGGGCAGAUAUGACGUGCUGUAAAACAAUGAUAACUCUGUGGCAGUAAACUGAAAAUGCAUGGCUGGCAGUGAAUCACAUUACAUUUUUGACAAGUUGCCAGUGUUUUUAUGGAAGGCAAUGAAUGAACAAGGCUUUGCUUUUUGUUCAUCAGACCAGCUUGGUGUACUUGUAAUGAACAAAUUGGUGCUUGAUUUUGGUCUUCAUUUUUCCAAUGUUGACAUGUCAAAUGGGCUUUUUUGGAGUGUAGUAGCAGAGGUCCCAGGAGCCCGUGCGUUUCCUCUAACUGGAUCAAAAGUCGACCCAACUGGAUUAAAGUUGUUUGAAUGAACUGAGCAACCAGCUGAAAUUGUGAUUAGAGCCUCACACUCUUGCAAGCAGGACUUAAAAGAAUUGAUGUGGAGGCAUAUAACUCAAAAUGUGGAUCUUGUUGGUAAAAUUGUUUUAAUCAUAUUUCAGACACAGAUGAUUGUAAUUGUUUGCUUUGCUUUUAUUGUAAUCCUAUAUAAACUGUCACUAUAAAUUCUUCUACUAUAUCUAAUAUAUUUAAUUUAAAACUCCAGAAAAUGCUUAAAGUUAUUAUUUGACCUAAUGAUUAAUUCUGUAUAUAUUGCCCCUAUUUUAUGGAUAUGCCAUUAUUGAAAUAAACUCUGUAAUGAUUAACUUAA